UUUUUUUAUCUUUCUUUCUUUUUCUGUUUAUAUCGCUCAAAAUGAAAGAAACAAUUUCUAAUGCCAAUUUCCCCAGAGAUGCUGAAGACAGAGUCUACCAUAUUAGUGUGAAGCAUGGAGAUGUAGCCAACCGAGUAUUGACAGUGGGUGAUCAUGUCCGUGCCAGAAGAAUUGCCAAAUUAUUAGACUCAGAAGAAGAAUGUGGACAUCCUAUCUUUGAGAGAACAAGCCAAAGAGGAUUCCUGACUAUCACAGGCAGAUACAAAGGUGUCCCUGUGACCAUCAUGGCCAUUGGUAUGGGUGCUGCUAUGAUGGACUUUUUUGUCCGAGAAACAAGAGCUAGUGUGGAUGGUACCUUGGCCCUUCUUCGUUUUGGUUCCUGUGGCUCUUUAUCCCCUCAGGCUCCUGCUGGUGCUGUGAUUAUCCCUGGCGGUGGUUACUGUGUCAGACGUAAUAUUGAUUAUUUCGCUGAUGAACCUGUGAAUACCGAAAUCAAAGACAAGCCCUACCUUAUUUCUGGUGUCUUUAAGGCUGAUGAAGGCAUGACAACCAUCUUGACAGAAACACUCGAAAAGGCACUUGAACCUCUCGAAGCAGAAAACAACAUGAUUGGUCCUGUCGUAAGUGGUGGUUUAAAUGUAGACGGCUGUAGCUUCUACAGUUCUCAAGGCAGACAGGAUCCUGUCUUUUGGGAUGAAAAUGAAAACCUCGUCAACGAAAUUACAACCAAGUAUCCCAAGACUUAUUCAAUGGAAAUGGAGACUUCUAUGUUGUUCCAUUUGGCUCAUUGUGCCCGUGAUCCCACAAAGCCCAUUAAAGCGGCUGGAUGUAUGCAAGUAUUUGCCGACCGUGUUCGCAAUGGUUUUAUUCGUCCUGAAGUCGUUGCUAUCUUAGAACCAGCUGUAGGCAGAGCUUGUUUAGAAGCCUUGACCAAGGUAGAAAUCGAAAAUGAAAUGCCUGUUGAGGGCUCAGUAUGGGAACCUGUUAGUCAGCGCAAAUCUGCUGGUAUCUUUGUAUAAUAAAUCCAAUUUUUUUUUUUCUCACGGCCACA